GCUUCCGCAGGAGGUCAGUCUGUCCAAGAUGGCCGACCUUCUCGGUUCAAUUCUGAGCUCCAUGGAAAAGCCUCCUAGCACCGGCGACCCGGAAAGUCGGCGCAGGGCUCGCGAACAUGCAGCAAGAAUGAAGAAAAUGCAGGAGGAGGAGAAAAGGAAAAAAGUGGAGUUUAGAAAAAAGAUGGAAGCAGAAAUCUCAGCAUUCAUCCAAGACACAACAGAAAAGAAGAAGAAGUUUGAGCCAAUGAACAAGCUUGAAAGAAGUAUAUUGCAUGAUGUUGUUGAGAUAGCUGGGUUGACAUCCUUCUCUUUUGGUGAAGAUGAGGAGAACAGAUAUGUCAUGAUUUUUAAAAAGGAGUUUGCACCCUCUGAUGAAGAACUGGAAGCAUACCGGAAAGGCGAGGAGUGGGAUCCACAGAAGGCUCAAGAAAGAAAGAGACUGAAGGAACUUGAGCAGAAGGAGGCAGAAGCAGCAGCACUGAAAGGUCCAGUAAAGGUCUGCCCAACCAGCAACUAUAAGGACAAGUAUAGCCACCUCAUUGGCACUGUGGCUGCAAAGGAUGCUGCGCAUACACUGGAAGCAAACCGUGCUUAUGGAUGUGUUCCUGUGGCCAACAAGAGGGACACUAGAUCAAUUGAAGAAGCCAUGAAUGAAAUCAGAGCAAAGAAAAGGCUGAAACACACAGAGGAAGAGGAGGAUGAGGAAGAAGGUGGAGGACCUGCUUUUGGUGCCUUCUAGAAAACAAUCUGCCAUAAUUUAGUGGAACUCUAACUUGCAGGGGGAGAGAGAUCUCCAAAUCGGCGCUCUCCACUAUUGCAUAUACAUACAUAUGGGAGUAGGUCAAGAAAUGUCUCCCCAGAAAGAUUCAUGUAUAUCGUUUUCAGAACCUAAAAUAUUGUGACAUUUCUGUGUGGAGAAAUAAGUAACCCUCUUGCCUCUGGAAUGUUUUAUUUAUCCUUCCAGGUUGCUUAUCCCAGAAAAGUGUAGAGUGCGGACAAAUUGUCAUUUUAAAUAGUUUUACUUAGAAAGAAACAUGUAUAUUUUGAAGGAUGAUUUUAUCUUUUUAAGGUAUAUCCUCAUUUUGUGGGAGAUGGAGUAGAGGUGGACAUUUUUAUUACUCUGUUUUUGGCAGAUGGCAUCCUGUCUCAUUAGUCUACUGGCUGCAUAUGUAGUUUCCACACAUGACACUGCAUUUCCUUUCACUGUUCCCUGUACUUUCCUUACCCUUAUUGCUGAGGGCCUUUGUGAGGUACCCUUCAGAGGGUCAAAGAUUUCCACUCUUUUGUGAAGGAAGCUAGAAACUUCUGUUAUGACUUGAUGUCUUUUAGUGGCUUUGAAUUUCAGGGGGUCAGUGCUGCUGUACUGAGGAAGCCAGAGAGGACAUCUAUUGUUUCCUUUUCUUUAGCAAAGAAUAUUAUGAAAAGGUUGUGGUCCAUCUCUUCUUCUUAAGUUUCCUCCCACUUUAUCAAGACAAGCAUUAAGUAAAUUGGCACUACAUGUACUUGCCAACCAUAGGUGAGUGCUUAUGUGCAUGCAUGCGUGCUGGGAUAAACUGACAUCCCAUACAGAAUUAGUGUCUUUUCCUUUGUACCAAGUGAGUGUAGAGAUAGCCUUUGGCUCUCUAUUGACCCUGAAUUUGGUAAAGCAGAUAUCAAAGAAUGAAUCAUUUUAGAACUUGAAUAACCAUGCAGUUCAUCCUAUGAAUCCAGUUAGAAUAUCUAGGAAAAUUGUCAACACUCAAGUUUGAACAUGUACUGUAACUUUCCCUGCUGUCUAGUGAUGUGUUCACCUUCUGAAUGUAAUCCUUCAUUUACAGGAUUGAGAACAGAUAUUGAUUUUUGUUGAUUACUAGCAUCUUCAGAUUUCCAUGCCAGUGUCUCCAUUUUUAUUUGGAAAGGAAAUUGUAACCGCCAUCAUGUGGCUUAAACUGAGGAAAGGCACAUUUUUUGUUUUUUUCUGCUCAAGAGAGUUUUACUGUGAUGUUCCUUUACAGCAGAACAUUAUUUUAACACCAGAAUUAGUAUACUGUGAGAAUGCGCACAUUGUAUGUCUCUGUUUUUACUUAAAGAAUCUUUAAGCUGCUACUUUACUUUUUGGAAGGUUGCUGAGAAUUUGCACUUGAUGAAUAUGUGUGCUGUUGCUUAGAUUUAGUAACAGUGGCUCCUGAACAUUGGGAAGUAGUUUUGUUGAAUCUGUCCUGUAUAGCUAGGAAUUGCUCACCUUUGUUUAAUACAGCGCUCACGUAAUGAGGAUGACGUGGGCUAGAGUACAUUUCCCCACCUUCCCCCGUCAUGGAGCUGUAAGUUCUAGAUUUAGAGGUUUUUACCACUCUAGCCUCUACUUCAUUUGAAACUGUGUUUUUUAUUGCUUAGGAUGGAGAGACAAAAAAAUGCAUGUGCAUGUCCUGGAAAAACUUUUCUAUGCAGAAAUUCCAUUUAUGAAGAAAAUACGCAUUUGCACAUCGCACGCAAAUACAAGAUGGACUUUUUUUAGUUUAUUUCAUCUGAACUGAAAAUUUGCAGUAGUUCACAAGGACCACAAUAGUCAGAGAAGCAUGAAAAUCAGGUUAAUGGGUUCUAGCAGAAACUCGCAGCCAGUAAAAUAAAAGCAGCUGAACUCAACUUUGACUUACUGAAUUUGCCCACGUGUUGUGUUGUUUUCAAAAAAUGUUGGAAAUUGUAUGCAUGUUGAUUUCAUUGCACAGACUUAGUUGGUUAUGUUGGAAUUCUACUGGCAAUUACACAUGUUGUAGUAUUUUGUAGGGGAGGGUACAAAAUGAGUAAGUUUUCAUUCUGUAUAGCCAGCUUUUAAGACAUACUGCAACAAAAGUGAUCUUCAGUGUUGAACUUGGCAUCAUGUGGUCUAAGAAAAAUAACCAGUUUUUUACUUAGGUAUUUUAAUGUCCCUGUGGACAUUCAAGAUUGUUUGAAUCUGUGUGAUGAUGUGAGACUUAUGACAAUGCUAAGGCUUUUGUCGUGUACUUGAUCUUUAAAGAUGGAAUAUGUGCUUGCCUCCUCAUUCAGGGGAACAAAUGGAAGAUGAGCUGUUAAUGAGAAUGGAAUGUUUGAUUGCUAUCCAGGGUGGUAAUUGAGCUGCCCAAUUUCCUCUGACACUAAUUUAUUCCCACGUGUGCUAUUGGCUAUCAGCUGUGCAAGCUAAAAGUUGGAACUGUCAGAAAAAGUACUAAAAAUCAGUAAAUACUUUAAGCCUUGAAAUGAGGAAGUAUGUCCACGAUUCUGGUUAUAGUCUUUUAAAACAAAAGACUUGUUUAUGUAAUACACAGUUAUAAUGGCAAGGAAAUGGUGUGCAGCUUUUUGAAUGCAUAACUUUACAUUUAUUUUGAGUUUUCCUUUCAGAUACUUGUGCUUUGGGUUAAGCUUUAAAAUGGUUCAUUGAGAUCAGUACUUUACAGAAUGAACUGGUUAUCCCAAAAAUGCAUGUCCAAGUUGGCUUUACAGAAUCAUGAGCAAGUUUUAUAUGUGACAAAAGUUAAUAGUAACACAACCCUUCUGUUUAAAAAUGAAAUUGUAAACUGCUUUUUUAUUAGGUAGAAUAAGAAAUCUGUUGGUACCAAAGUUAGGUGAAGGUGUUAAUCCUCAUAAUUCACACACUGGUAAAUCUUUGCUUGUUAUGUAGAUCAAAAUGACAUCUCCCCUUUGCCUGGUAUGUUUGAGUGUAAAUAAAACUGAUUACCUUAACCUAUCCAGAUAAGUUAACAACUGAAGAACAUUUAUCGUUUUAAUAAAUCUCUUCUGUAACUUUUCUAA